CUACGCGUAUUCACACUAGUCCUCUAUAAAUAUGUUUUCCAGGCGUCGACAGGCGUCAGUCAGUUCGAGGUUUUACAUUGUUUCGAAAGGAUAAUCAAUAUGAAGUACUUGUUGGUGAUCAGUUGCCUCCUUCUCGUUACGGAUGUGAUUCGUGCCGAUGAAGAAGUACUGGAAGUUCUAAAGGAAUUCGCUGUACCUUGUGCCCAAGAAAACAACAUUUUGCCAGAGGAAAUGCCAAAGUUUCACGACACCGAAUUGGUAGGCGAAGAUAGAAAUAGAUUUGGUUGCAUGAAGGCUUGCAUAAUGAAACAAACAGGAAUUUUGGUCGGCAGUGAGUUUCAAGAAGACAAAUACCGAGAAGUCGGGGUGAAGAUAGUUGGCGAUGAACCGGACAAAAUAAACACAUACACAGAGCAAGCAAAAACGUGUUUCGAAGAAGCGAAAAGUAAUACUGACGAAUGCGAGCUUGCGUUCGUUUUUGUAAGCUGUGUAAUGUCCCAAACCCCUGCAUGAUCGAGGAAUCUAUUGUUCAAAUUACACGGAAGAAUUCUUUUUAAAAAAUAUUAACUAUUGUACAAUUGUAAAGAUUAAUAAAAGUAGCGAUUAAAUGAAAAUUUGACGUUCAAA